GGCGUUAAGUGACAGUUGAGAAGGAGCAAUCAAGGUCACAGGACGCUACUCGUCCAUGAUGCGCGUUCUCUGCUUACUUAUCCUAGUUGCCGCAGCCAGCCCAGGACCUGCGCCUGAGCCCCUCCUGGAAACCUCUCCUGGCUCUGGUUUUGUAGGCACAAUUGUACGAAAGCCUGUUGAACCUUUACAUGGAAAACUCAUUAAACCAGGAGACUUGGCAAAGCCACUUUCUCGUCCAGCUCGGCCACUGAAGUCAGCCUCUUCAAUCUCGCCAGCACAUCUGUCAAGAGGCGCUGCUGACACUCCUGACACCAAGUGGAGUGGUAGUCAAGGAUCGUGUGUAUCAUGUGAGAAGUUAAGUAGGCGUCAGGAAGGAGUGUGUUGUCGCCGGUGGAGCCUCUGCUGUUUGCCACUCAACCCUCAUUAAUACAUUAUAAACACGUACAGAACAUCACUAAUACUGGUCGCCGACAGCGCUCUUCACCAUGUAAAACCAGGUCACCUGACAAGAAACAUAACCUGGUUUCCCUAACCUACGAUAAAUUAGACCACUUGAAUCACUAGCAACUAAUAAUAGACCAUGUAAUAAUAUAUUUUAACAAUA